UAUGAUUUUUAUUUCCUGUCUAGAAUAUUUAGAAUUUGUAUUACUUGACGUUCAUAUCUGAAUCAGCUGACAAUUGAAUAGAAAAUUCGCAAUAAGUUGUCAAUUUUUAUAACAAGCUUCAUAAUGUCGUUAAAUACUGCACAUGCGAACGGAGGAGUGCUUAUUCAUUCUGGAGAGUGUAUAUUGCUGUUCUGCGAUAAUGUCACUAUCGAAUUUAAUGGACCAGAACAAGCAGAAUUCAUUGGAAGCAAGCAAGGACGAGUUUAUUUGACAACACAUAGAAUGAUUUUUAAUGCCAAAGAUCAAAAAGAGAAGAUGCAGUCAUUUAGCUUUCCAUUUGUUACGCUAUCUGAGGUGGAACUUGAACAACCGAUGUUUGGAGCAAAUUACAUUAAAGGCAAAUGUCGAGCCCAACCUAAUGGCAACUGGAUUGGAGAAUGCAAAUUUAAACUACAUUUUAAAAGUGGAGGUGCGAUUGAAUUUGGACAGGCUAUGCUAAGAGCUGCUUCAAUAGCCCAAAGAAAUGGUCCUCAGCUUGAUGCACCACCUCCAUACCAAUCUCCAAUUUCUAAUUGGUACGCUGCUACUCCUCCAGCUUAUCAAGCUGCACCAACUGGAUAUUAUGGUUGGACGCCACCAACUCAUGUAUUUCCGGAAGCACCCCCAGCAAAUAGCGUGUUUAUGACAGAUAUGCCUCCACCAUAUCCUGGAAUAAAUGCAUCCUACCAAGGUCAUGCAAGCGGAGGCAUUUCUCAACAGCAAGGACCUUGGGUACAGAGACCGGAAUGGAUACCACCAGAACAAAAUGGAACUCCGGGUUGGGCUAAUCCGAAUUACAAAAACCAGUCGAUUUCUCAAGCAGCAGGAUCAACAGUGGGGUUCUGUACAAAGCAGCGAAGAAGUAUCAAGAAAUAUCAGAAGAAUAAUUUCCGUGAGAAACUCCUUGACAAGAAGAUGCAUGGCACCUUCCAUGGAAAUGUGAAGGAUCAGUCGAUGUCUUAUGAGAAUUUUGGCUAGUCAAGACGACGUCAUUUCCGAUGAUAAAUGCAGAGCGUGUCGUGGACACCUUCAGCAACUAAGACGCAUAAUAUGUAGUUGCCCAACUCGAGUGGAAAUGACAUACUCGCCUGAGUGACAACCGCGCACCCCGCGCGGCUCCUGUUACAGCUACUUUCGGUUAGGCGUCAAUUCUCGGAAUGGCUAUAGAAGGGAUGGCUUUUAAAGGGUCUCACUGUUAAAUUAUAUAUGCAUAUAUGCAUGUGUGUGUGGGUGCGUGUGUGUUCUGGAAAAAAUUUAGCCAAUGUUUAGUAAAAAAUUUUCAGUGUAGGUGUCGCAAAAAAAUAUUGUCGUUAUUUUUCUUACUUUAACCACUAAUGAAAAAAGAAGAAAAAUGUAACACAUCGAUUUUUUUAAAUCUCAAUUUUACAUGUAAAGAGCUUUAAUUUUAGCAACCCUCGUAGAAAAUGGGACUAAAAUAAAAGCUUUCAGUAUAGGGGUGUAAACCCAUGCCGAAAUUUAAACUUAAUAGGGUCUUAAUAGAAUCUAGACAGUCCCUCAAUAUACUAAAACCGUCCUCCAGUGAACUACUCAACAUAUUUAUGGUCUCCUUUAAAAAAAUAAAAAAUCUCUUUAAAUCUGUAA